GAGGAUGGAGCCUGGUCGCUGUGUCCAUGUGGUCCCACAUCGGCUGGACGGGCCAUCGCCCCCAGAAACGUUGUAUGCCCUGGGUGCACGAACGCUGGCAAGGAUGAAGGGAAAGGACUAUGGCCUGCUAGUCAAAAGAUCUUGCGGAGUCCUGGUCCCUAUUUGCGAACAUGCCUGUGGUGGACCCAAAGCAGUCUCCAGUGUUGUGCCGCACCGGGACCGCAAGAGGGAAUGCUGGGUGCCUUACCAUCUCAUGAUUAUCCUCCAAUGGCUGCUGCAUGCCGUGCCCGUGGACGACCUCAAUGGCCGAGUCCUCCAUACCUAUGGCAAGCACCAGGGCCCCAUCAAGCGCGCUCUGGCGGAGGCCUUCGGCUUCACAGAAAGAGCGCAGCGCGUGAUGCGCUUCGGAGAGCUGGAGGAGAUUUUCCACGCGGUGGAGAGGAGGAAGAAAUCAGCACACGACUGCGCAGACGCCUUGAGCGCAAUCAGCGCUCCUACCUUGUACUUUGCCAGCAGCUGGGCUUGCACAAAAGGGGAAAUCGUGCUGGGCACAUCCUGGCUAUCCUUGGGACGAAAGUGUCGCGACAAUCUGAUGGAACAAAUCGCCCUGGAGAAUGGUCCAAGUGGCGCUGAGGAGCUCACCUCCGGUGAUCCUUUGACCGAGCUUCGGUCACAGAACUCGAGUAGUUUUCCUUCUUCGCCCGUUUUCAACGAGCCCUGGCGGGGUUCAAUUCGAAAGUGUGGUGAUUGGAAACGCUUGAAGCCCAUUGCACCAAGUGCCCUGGGAUUUUGCACGCUGGAAGGAUGUUGGAGACUCCUGGUCCCUGAGUGCGAACGCGGCUUGCUGCCCUUUGGUGACAUGGAGAACCUUCAAGAGCUGCUACGUGCCGUGCCCGUGAACGACCUCAAUGGCCGAGUCCUUCAUAUCUAUGGCAAGCACCAGGGCCCCAUCGAGGGCGCUCUGGCGGAGGCCUUCGGCUUCACAGAAGAAGCGCGGCGCGCGAUGCGCAUCGGAGAGCUGGAGGAGAUUUUCCACGCCGUGGAGAGGAUGGAGGACUCGCGUGCCUUCAGUGACCUUCAGACAGCCGUGAAGCUGCUGAAGAAGUUCGGCGGCACAGAGUAUGGAUGCGCGUGGUUUGAAGGCGCUAACGUCGCUCCGACGUUGUAUUAUGCCAGAAAUCAUGCUGGGUACAUCCUGGCUAUCCUUGGGACGGAAGUGCAAAGGAGUGCUCUGCAGCUAGCUGCGGCUGGCCAGAGAAUCGGAACAAAAAAUCGUCCUUUUGGAUGA